AUGUCAACAGACGUGAAUGUAAAAGUGGCAUUGCGAUGUCGUCCCAUGAGCUCGCGCGAGACGCAAAUGGGUGCACGUGAAAUUGUCCAAGUAGUUGAUGGCACAACAGUGAUUAUCUCCCCAACAGCUGAUAAAAAUCUUAGCCCAGCAGUAGAGGCUACGGAUACAGCCUUGGGGAAAAAGCAGUAUACGUUUGAUAAUGCCUACUACACAGAGAGCACUCAAGCUCAAGUUUACGAAGAUAUAGCCAAACCGUUGGUCGAUCAAGCUUUGCUAGGCUACAAUGGUACUAUCUUUGCGUAUGGACAGACAGGGUCUGGUAAGACGCACACUAUGAUGGGUAGUGGAAAUGACCACGGUAUCAUUCCACUAAUGAAUAACGAUCUCUUUGCGAGAAUCAGCGCAAGUGCCGCAGAAAGUGUGCAUACUGAAGAGCAAGGAGGUUUGAAGUAUCUCGUGACAGUAUCCUUUUUGGAGAUUUAUAAUGAAGUUAUCAAAGAUCUGCUGAAUCCGUCGGAUAAAGUACUAAAAAUCCGAGAACACCCCGAUAUGGGUAUCUAUGUCGAGCAUUUAGCAGAGCUUGUCGUACGUGAUCCAGCCGAUGUAACGCGAUUGCUCGAGCAAGGCAACAAAGUGCGACAAGUGGCAGCUACUCAAAUGAAUGAGCGCAGUUCUCGCUCACAUAGUUGCUUUACGAUCAAGAUCUUGUCCAAGCGAUCGGAAAUGAUGGCGGGUGUGUGUAAGGAAAUAUGUAUGAAUGCUAAAAUCAAUUUGGUAGAUCUUGCAGGUUCGGAGCGUGCCUCAAAGACGGGUGCAACUGGUGACCGAUUUAAGGAAGGUGCAGCGAUCAACAAGAGUCUAAGUGCUUUGGGCAAUGUGAUCAAUAUGCUGGCAUCUGUCGACAAGUCACGCAAAGGUGGAGCCAAAACGCAUAUUCCGUAUAGAGACUCCAAACUAACGCGGCUGCUUCAAGAGUCUUUGGGUGGUAACUCAUUGACUGUCAUGAUUGCAGCAAUUUCUCCAGCAGAUUACAAUUAUGAAGAGAGUGUGGGUACGUUAGUCUACGCGAAUCGAGCCAAGUCGAUUAAAAAUGCGACCAAGAAGAAUGAAGAUGUUAACGAAAAGAUCAUUCGUGAGUUACGCGAGGAAAUAGAAAUGCUACGCCAGAUGGUGGCACGACCGAUGUCAGCAUCGAGUGGGAACCCAGAAAUGAUGGGUCAGAUGGAGGAAAAGAUUGCAAACCUUGAGCGAGCAAAGCAACAGUCAUGGGACGAGAAGCAGCGUCUCACAGAGAUGUAUGAGCAGGAAAGACAGAACUCCCUCGCGAAUGAUUCAAAAAUUCUUGGGUUUAUGCAGACAGUAAAGCAAGAAAAGAUGGAUCUCAUGAAAAAGAUUAAAGUUUUGCAACAGAAGAAAGCGCGUCUUUCAAAAGAAAUGCAUGUACGAAAACAAAGUUAUGUCGAUAACAAGAGCAAGUUGCAAAAGGAAGUACAUUAUUUUCAGCAGAUAAAUGCAGAGAAUUCCAGUGAGAAGCAACAUCGCAUGGCAGAGAUCGAGUCGCGCAAAUCAUUACUAAUCUCUGAUCGUGACGAGUUAUCGCGAUUGAAGGAGGAAUUAAAACGGUGUGAAGAAAGACUUGUUGAGGAAGAGGCUGAAAUUGUUACGAAAAGCGCUUUGCUCGAGGAAGAUGACAAGUUGCGCAAAGCCAUUCAAGAUGAUGAGCGAGAAAAGAUGAAGUUAGAGCGUGCAACGUAUUUGCAGUCUGAGUUGGAUCAAGAGCGCCAACGUCUAAAAGAGGAAGCCGAGAAUGACAAGCUUCAACUAAUGGUUGCACUUGAAAUGACUGCAGACAAGGAAAAAAAGCUGGCUGAAGAAGUUGAAAAGCAACGCAGUAAAGCACUGCAACUUCAGCAGGAAAUGCACCGAAUGCAAACGGAUCAUGCUGAGUGGAAACAUGCAACUAAGCUUAAAGUAUCGCAAAUGCUUGAAGCGCUGAAAAAUGAUUUUUUGUUGCAAGAACGCACGAUGCAGGAGAGGUACGAGUAUGCUAUCUAUCUCUUACAAAAUGCUCGGGACGAUAUUGUAGAGCUUGGCAAACGCAACGAUGAUCUAGAACGGCGUCUUUAUAAAUUGAUUAUCUGUGAUAAAACGUGA